AUGAUCGAAUCCAAGAAGCGUAUUUCCCGCAUCGCGGCUCGAACAUGGUUCUUGAAAUGCCCGGCUUUAUGUGUUUGGACGCUAAUCUGCGUCGUCGUUUUCCAGCCGCCACUCGCAGCUGCAGCACCUCCGGCCGGAACACGUGCGGCGGCGGCGGCAGGUGAUGCGGAAGUGGCGGCGGUAGAGGCGAGUUUCGGGUGGCACGGGGACCCAUUGGGGCAUUUGGACGGUAGCGAGGGCGCCGCGUUCGUCGCGCCGUGUUUGCCGUCGGGGCUGGCGGGAUUCAGCCACUCGGUGGUUCUGUCGGAAGCCGGUCUCAUCCUCCACUGGGUGCGCCGCAACCUGCUCUUCCUCGAGUUCGCGCUCGAGGCGCGCUUCGGAAGCGGCGCGGAGAACGGGUGGGUCGCCGUGGGAUGGUCGCACGACGGUCGCAUGGUCCCGAGCAUGGCGAUCGUGGGAUCUCCGGCCGGCAUUGCCGCCCAAGCUCCGGGCGGCAAGGGGAUGGGUUCGGGCGGCAAAGUGGGUGUUCUGGGCGGCGCGGCUGGCGUGGCGUCGUAUGCUAUUAGCGGGUAUAAGCUGGAAGAUGUGCGGCGAUUGGUGGAAACUACAGGGAACGGGGGAGGAGAGGAGGUGGGGAGCGGUGGGGAGGGGUGGAGCAUUUACACGUCAGCUCGAGGGUCGACUGUAAUGCGCUUCUCCCGGAGCCUCGCCUCGAACCCGCCCAUCCUCAAUACAAGCACAACCGCUAUAAGCACACCAGGGGGAGGAACCCCCUCUAACGAGCCGACGUACAGCAUGAGCCACCAUGUGCUCUGGGCCUACUCGGAUCGACGAGAGGAUGUGCUUCGAUACCAUGGCAAGAACAGUCGACUCAAAAGCCAACUCUUCUGCCUUGCCUCUCGAACCCCUCCCCUUCGCACCCAUUUUGCCCCUCUUUCUCCACCAACCUUCCUCUCCCCCUCUCAGGGGACCCGCCUUUGUGGCUUACACGGGCUCCGCCUGUGUGGAAUACAUGAGCGACCUGCCCUGCAACUCUCCCUCCCUCUCUUCUGCCUCUCGAACCCCUCCCUCCCCUUCGCACCCGUUUUGCCCCUCUUUAAGUUGACUUCUGAGUCGACUCAAAAGCCAACUCUUCUGCCUCUCGAACCACUCCCCUUCCCACCCGUUUUACCCCUCUUUCUCCCCCCCCCUUCCUCCCCCCUCCUCAGGGGACCCGCCUUUGUGGACUACAUGUGCGGCCUGCUCGCCUCGCCUUCCACCUAUUCCCCUUCACCGCCUCCUUUUUCUGCGCCCACCUCCCUGUUUUCCCCCUUCCCUUCCCCCCCCAGGGGCUCGCCUUUGUGGAUUACAUGUGCGGCCUGCUCGCCUCGCCUUCCACCUAUUCCCCUUCACCGCCUCCUUUUUCUGCGCCCACCUCCCUGUUUUCCCCCUUCCCUUCCCCCCCCAGGGGCUCGCCUUUGUGGAUUACAUGUGCGGCCUGCUCGCCUCGCCUGCCCAUACCUCCCUGCUCACCUGCCUUCUCUUGCCGUUUUCGAGAAUUCUCAAAAACCAGCUCACUUGCCUUCUCUUGCCGUUUACUCACCUCCUCCCCCCUCCCCUCUCUCCCCCAGGGGCUCCGCCUUUGUGGAUUACAUGGGCUCCGCCUUUGUGGAUUACAUGUGCGACCUGCUCGCCUCGCCUGCCCGCCAAUCCUGCCAGCCGUCAACUUUGCCCGGCUACACCUGCAUGCUACAGCUACAGGGCGACAGACGAUUUUUGAGGCGCCUCAAAACUCCUCCGCACACCCCCUAUUUCACCUCUCUUGUUCACUCCGCCCAUCCCCCCAACCCGCCCACUGCCCACUUCACUCUCCACUGGCAUCUCACCCCCUCCUCCCUACUCCUCGCUGCUGACGUGGCAACCACCGGUUGGAUCGCUCUCGGCUGGUCCAAGGACGGCAAGAUGGCCGGCAGCGAGGCAGCCAUUGGGAACCUGCCACGUGGCACCAUCAAGACAGGAGGCGGUGCUGACGUGGCAGGAAAGGAGGAACAAGCUGUGGGGUCGUUCCUGAUUGGUGGAUACGAGAGGAGCGCCAUCCGUCCGGCGCUGAAGUUCACUGUGACAAAUUCGAGUGUGACAACAACGAGCAGAGGAAGGACUGUGAUGAAGUUUGAGCGGCCACUAGUGAACGGACAGUUGCCGCUUUCCGCUGCUGACGUGGCAACCAUCAUCUGGGCGUACUCCAACGAAGGUUCCAGGAAGCUCACCUUCCACGGAAACAACAGGGGUGCAGUGUCUAUCAACCUGGUCACAGGAGAAUCGAUCACUGCCUCUCCACCCCCCUCCUCCCCCUCCGCCUCCGCCCCUCCGCACUUGAACAAGCCAGCCAUCAUAGCCCAUGCCAUCUGUCUCAUCACUGCUCUCCUCAUCUUCAUGCCCUCCGCCAUCCUCCUUGCCCGGAUCUGCCUCGUGAACCUUCCUGGAAACGACGAAAACUGUCGUACGAGCACCAGCAGCAGCAGCAGUAGUGGCCUCGGUACAGUCCCGUUGGGUAGAGUCACGCACACUGGCCCGCUUCGGCUUGCUGAAGCCAACGCCCAGCUAGAUGCCAGCAUGGCUAGUUUUGCCCAUGCUGAGUCAGCUGCUGACGUGGCUGGUGCACAGGGUGCCACGUCAGCACGUGCAGCCCAGCAGCGGCGGCAGGAGGGGAGGGAUAUGAUUUCACAGCUGCAGCAGAGCCGAGCGUUCUGGUUUGCAUGGCACAAGUAUCUGCAAGUGGCUGCUCUUGUCUGUAUCUUCAUCGGGUGCAUCACAGCGUUUGUCUCAUCUGGGACUCACGGCUUGAGUCACACCCACGCGUGGGUCGGCAUUGCUGUCCUCAUCCUCCUCCUCGUCUGCCAACCACUCGUCAUUUUCCUCCGCCCGCGCAACAACAGGAAUGGAGGAAUUGACCAACCGCAGUUUGCCAUGUGGACAAAGACCACGUGGCACUGGAUGCAUUGGACAGUUGGGAUUGCGGCGGUGGUGAUGGGAUGGGCGAAUAUAUUCCUCGGGAUGAACCUAUACUUCAGCUUCAUCGGAAGUGAUCCAUUUGGCCUCGAAGCAUUUUUAGGCAUCAUAAUGGCAGUGUUUGUCAUUGUGUACAUGCUCUUCUUGUUUUGUUUCCCCUCGUCUGCUGGAGCCCCAGAUAGGAGCCAUAUCUUUACCCUCCUCCUCCACUGGACCGUCCACCCUGCCACGUCAUCAAUCCACGUGGCACUGGAGGCCAAGCCGGAGAGCGGCGCGGAGGCAGGCUGGCUUGCGAUUGGCUGGUCGUGGGACGGGCGAAUGGCAGGCAGCGAUGCCAUACUCGCCAACGCGGCAGGGGGAGGGCUGAAGGCUACAGGACCGCUUAUGGCUGUGCAUAUAGCAGGGUACUCUGUAGAGGGGAUGCAGCGGAUGGAGCACGGGCUUUCAUACAGCAAGACAAACUGGAGUGUGACUGUGAAUCCGAGGGGGUCGACUAUUGUCAGGUUUCAGAGGGCGGCAGGCGACAUAGCAGCGGUGCCUCUGGCACUGGAUGCCUCCAACGUCAUUCUCUGGGCGCACUCGCCUGACAACUCGCCCACGCCGCUCUACCAUGGACCAAAUCGUGGCGCAUUGCUUCUGGACUACUCCUGCACCGCCCCCCCUACCCGCCCUGCGGUGUUCUCAUUCCUAUCCCUGCUACCGCCCCAUUCCCGUUCCCCCUUCUUCCUCCUCCCCUCGCAGUGGCGCAUUGCUUCUGGACUACUCCUGCACCGCCCCCCCUACCCGCCCUGCGGUGUUCUCAUUCCUAUCCCUGCUACCGCCCCAUUCCCGUUCCCCCUUCUUCCUCCUCCCCUCGCAGUGGCGCAUUGCUUCUGGACUACUCCUGCACCUCCCCCACCAGCCGCCCCCCUGUGGCACCCCCAACACUGCGUGGCGUUGCCUGUGACCCCUCCCCCCUGCCGGGAUACACGUGCUCGAAGCAGCUACGAGGCAGCGACACUGCGCGGCAUUGCCUGUGACCCCUCUCCCCUGCCGGGACACACCUGCUCGCGCCAACUCCGAGGCAGCAAUUUCAUCUUGCACUGGAGGGUCAACAAGGCCUCAGUCUCUCUCGCAGCCGAUGCAGCCACGACAGGCUGGGUGGGGCUCGACUGGUCCCGCAUGGGCCGCAUGGCCGGCAGCGAUGCCGCCAUUGGCAACCGGUUACCUGCUAGCUGUAAUCUGCUGCUACCCUUUCCUGCCCUGCCCUGCCCGCACUAUAACUGCCAAUCCUUCACCCAUUCUCGUCUUUCUGUUCGCAACGCCCCUCUCCCUCACCCCUCUCCCAGCUUCAUCCUGCACUGGCGGGUCAACAAGGCCUCAGUCUCUCUCGCAGCCGAUGCAGCCACAACAGGCUGGGUGGCCCUCGGCUGGUCCCGCAUGGGCCGCAUGGCCGGCAGCGAUGCCGCAAUAGGCAACCUGCCAUACGGGGCAACGGGCAUGGGCAUGCCGGCAGUGGGGGCGUUCUCUAUCGGGGGGCAACCUGCCGUACGGGGCAACGGGCAUGGGCAUGCCGCCGGCAGUGGGGGCGUUCUCAUUUGGUUCGAGCGUGUGUUUGGAGCGGGCAUGAACCCGAUGCACGAGAAUGGGCUGGCCAACAUCAUAUGGGCGUACGCGGGGGAUGGGUCGCAGAACCUCGAAUUCCACAUGCAGAACAGGGGCGCCACCGUAAUCGACAUCAUAACAGGCGACUCCAAACACUCCUCAACCUCCUCCCCACCUGCUUCCCCCUCCUCCCCCUCCACCUCUCCUCCGUUAUCCACCUCCCCUUCCUCACCCUCUUCCUCCUCUUUCCCUCCUUCCUCCUCGUCACCCUCCACCUCUCUUUCAUCUUCCCCUCUCUCCUCCUCCUCCUCCUCCUCCUCCUCCUCCUCCUCCUCCUCCUCCUCCUCCUCCUCCUCCUCCUCCUCCUCCUCCUCCUCCUCCUCCUCCUUCUCCUCCUCCUCCUCCUACUCUUCCUCCACCUCCUCCGCGCUGAUAGCCCACGCGGUCUUCCUCUCUCUCGCUUUCUUCCUUCUCAUGCCCUCCGCAAUCCUCGUUGCCCGCCUCUUCCUCUCAGGCCCCUCUUCGCUCCCCUUCCUCCACUCCUCCUCCCACCACUCCUCCUCCCACUACUCAUCUCACUCCCACGAUCCUGAUGCUGGAACCAGCGGGUCAGACCCAUCUCUACGUUUUGAUGAUUCUCAAGGAUCGUCCGAAAUGGCGUCUGGGUUGAUCCAAAAGCAGCAGCAGCAGCUGCUGCGAGAUUCCCCCCCCACCACCAACGCCCCCUCCUCUUCCUCCUCCUCCUCCUUCCGUCCCGCCGCUCCUCCUGACGCCUCCCCUCCUCUCUCCCCCCCUCUCUCCCCCACCACCAGCGCAUCUCUCCUCCAACCCCACCCCUUCCUCCCCUCUCUCUCCUUCCUCCCAAACCUCCAACUCCACGCCCUCUCCUACCAUCAAUACCUAAACCUCUCAGCCCUCCUCUGCUGCCUCCUCGGCUGCACGCUCGCGUUCGCAGCCGUCGGAUCGGACGGCCUGAGCCAAUCGCACGGUCAGAUGGGCCUCGUGGUGCUGCUGCUGGUGCUGGUGCAGCCAGUGUUAGGGUUUCUGCGGCCGGACAAGGGAGCUAGUAACCGCCUGUCAUGGCGGUUUGCGCAUGGGCUGCUAGGUCUGGCAGUGCUGGGCAUGGGGUGGGCGAAUGCCUUCUCAGGGCUAAAGCUCUACGGCAUCAUCUUCUUCUCGUCUGUCACGGUUUGGAACAUCUUAUUUGGAAUCACUGUAGCAGUCCUUGCUACAACGUACCUCGGUAUUGUUAUAAUGCAGUCCACACGGGGCCACUCGUCUCGAGCGCUCAGCUACCAAAUAGAGCUAUAG